ACUAACAAGUCCAAAUAGUGAUGGAAUGCACCCUUGUCGGACCUCUAAAUUCCACAGACCCCACACGGCUUUAACGCGGGAAACAACUUUUCCAAUUUCCAUAGCAUUUGGCAUUUGCCCCUAACAAAUGCUAUGGAAAUUCAACACUCUGCAAUCGCACUCCAUUCUGUAUGAGCGACAACCUCAACUGACGCACAGAAGUUGAACAUCCCUCAAAAAGAUGGCCGAUUUUCAUUUCUCCCUUAAAUUUGGUAAUUAUUGCCAAAGUCUCUGGAAAAAUACAAUGUAUUCCUAAAAUUUUUCUGCUCGUCUGUUUAACCAUGCCAAUUUUUCAAAGCUGCUUUUUAAUCCUCCGAAGCUUUGUUUUUUCUUUUUCAUGACUCUCAUCACUGUUAUCCCUUCUUCCUCUCAACUUCCUUACUUCUUCACGUCUACUUCAUUUCCCUCUUCAACUUCCUGUAACUCUUCCAUAUUAGAAAUCUUAUUUGCCCACCAUGGGAAACUGCGAUUCAAUCCCAAAACAAGCUGGGGACGCAGUUAGUGCAACUUUAUCUAGUUGUAUAGGGUAUAUUUCUAGGAAAUUUAAGUAUAGACGUGAACUCACAAGAGAUAUUGCUUUCUUGAAGGCUGAAAUGAAAAGACUGGUUGAAGUAAGGGACGAUCUGUGUAGAAGAGUUGACAAUGAAGAGAAACAGCCGCGAAGUGAGCGGCUUAGCCAAGUGCAAGGGUGGUUUUCAAGGGUGGAAAACACCAUACCCGAAGCUGAUGAGCUGGCAACAGAGGGCUCCGCUGAAGUGGAGAUGUUAUGCCUUGCAGGGUUUUGUUACAAUAAUAAAAAGUGUUCAAGCUUCAGGACUGGAAAAAGGGUAGCUGAGAUGGUGGCGGCUGUGAGGAGUUUGAAGAAAGAAGGCACGAAGUUCGGGGUGGUGGCUGAUCGGAAACGGGAUGAUCCAAUGGAUGAUAAAAUUCCUUGUGGACCAACAGUUGGGUUGGAAUCAAUUGUUGAUGAAGUUCUGAGAUGUCAUGAAGAAGAUCAGGUGAAGAUUAUUGGCCUGUAUGGAGUAGGAGGAGUUGGCAAAUCUGCUGCGUUGAAUCAAAUCUUCAACAGGUUCCUUGAGACUUUUGAUAAUAUCACUUUGAUCAGAAUAACGGCCACCAAUAAAACCAGUGAAAACAUUCAAGAUGAGAUUGGGAAGAAACUAAAAUUGUGUGAUGAGACAUGGGAAGCCAAAGAAUUUUUGGAGAAAGCUACGGAAAUCCACGGGAAUUUGAAGAGGAAGAAGCUGGUGUUGCUGUUAGAUGAUAUAUGGGACUGGAAGUUAUUGGUUGAUUUGACUGAAGCUGGUAUCCCACUCGAAGAUUCAGCUUCUUCAUCGAAGGUUGUGUUUACAACGCGGCUUGUGAUGAAUGGCUGUGGACGUAUGAAGGCUCACAUGAUCAAAGUGAAAUGCUUGGAUCCUGAAUAUGCCUGGGAAUUAUUCCGAAGUAGGGUUGGAGAUUGGUCUCUUAACAGCCAUCCAGAAAAUCAAGAGCUUGCUAAAAUCAUAAAAGAAGAAUGUUGCUGUUUGCCACUGGCCCUUAACAAAGUUGCAGGGGCCAUGGCUCACAAGAAGACACCUCAGGAAUGGAAUCACGCCAUCGAUGAGAUGCGGACAAAGGGCCAUGAAUUCCCAGCUAUGCAGGAAGUGUACCUGAUCCUGAGGUCAAGUUACGAUAAUUUGCCCGAAGACUUCAAGUUAUGUUUCGAAGACUUCGGUUUACUUCCAAAAAACCAUGUAAUUUCCAGGACGGAUUUGAUAGAUUUUUGGAUUGGAAAAGGAUUCUUGGAUGAGAAAGCUCACGACCGUGGCUACGUCAUAAUUGGCGAACUUGUCUAUGUAGGAUUGUUGGAAGAAGAAGAAGAAGAUCGUGUGAAGAUAAAUGGCAUUACUCGUGACUUGGCUUUGUGGAUUAUGAAAAAUGACGGGGAAAAGGACAAUGUUCUUGUUAAAGCUGGUAAUGGAUUAAGAGAAGCACCUAAAGCUGGAGAAUGGGAAGGACUUCGACAGAUGUCAGUGAUGAAAAAUCAAAUUGAGAUUUUACCAGAGACGCCCCCAGGUCAUUGUCUUCAUACUUUGUUUCUUAAUGAUAACAAACUGAAGGUUAUCAAUGGCGACUUCUUCAGAUUUAUGCAUUGUCUCACAGUUCUAAGGCUGUCAAAUAACCCCUUUCUAACCAAGCUGCCUCCAGAGAUUGCAAAAUCGGUUUCAUUACAGCUUCUUGACCUAUCAAGGACUUCUAUUAAAGAACUUCCGAAGGAGUUGAAGGCCUUGUCAAAUCUGAGGUGUUUGAACUUGCAGGAUACGCCUGCACUCGAAACAAUUCCGCAGGGAUUGAUAUCUAGCUUGGCAAUGUUGCGGGUCCUGAGGAUGUUGGGAUGCGGUGCUCUGAGACAAAAUGAGGUAUCUUUGGUAGAAGAGGUGCUUAGUCUGGAACGUUUGGAGAGUUCAGACAUCACCAUAAACGGUUCUCUUGUUCUGGAGAGACUUUUGACCUCCCGCAGAAUGCUGAGCUCUCUGGAAUCUGUACGCCUUCAAAACUUAACCCAAACAAAGUCCAUCAAAGUCCGUUUAUUAGACUUGACAAAGAAACUCAGGAAAUUAGACAUUCUAAAUUGUGAUAACUUGGAAGAGCUGCAAAUUGAUUGUGAAGACGGAUCGGAAAACCCAGAAGGAUUUUGUGGCUUCCGAAGCCUUUGUGAAGUAAACAUAAAGUCUUGCUCAAAAUUGAAGCACCUAACAUGGCUAAUUCUCGCUACCAGUCUCAGGCGUGCUGUGAUAUCUGACUGCCCUGAAAUGGAAGAGCUUAUCAGUGUUGGGAGAUUGGUUCAGGAGUUUCCAGAGACGGUGCAGGGUCGUCCCCCAUUUGAAAAACUCGAAUUUCUUGUGUUAGAAGGUCUUGAAAACUUGAAGAGCAUCAAUCAGGAUGCCUUGCCGUUCUUGAGGUUGAAGGAAAUGGAAGUAACGGGAUGCCCGCAACUUAAGACUCUUCCACUUGAUUCUGAAAGUGCAAAAGAAGGAAGAGUCCUCAUCAAAGGAGAACAACAAUGGUGGGACGAGCUGCAAUGGGAGGACCAUGCCGUUCGCGGCACUUUUGAACCUUGUUUCCAAGCAUCAGUGGCAAUACAAAUACAAUGAAACCAUUGUUGCUUUUUUGGCAGCUCUAGAUAAGAUUGGAUUUGAUUCAAAUAGAAACUUGUUUGAUCUAAAGUUGAAAUUUAGCUGAAGCAACUCAAUUCUAAUCUAGCCCUAGCUAGCUUCACAAAUCUGUCCUUUGUAAGUAGAUUUUUUUAUUAUUGGUAUAUCGGCUUUUGGCACA